UAUCACAUAAUUAUCAUUGAAAUAUUCCGGCACAAGACCUCAAAAGCCCUAAUUUGGGGCAGCGACGCGGCGAUGGAUUUCUUCCCUCCAGAUCCAAAUCGGUCAGGGAAAUUUUUUAGCCGGUCUACGACCUUGUUCUUGUUUUCUUCUCUUUGGCGCAAUUUGUCUCGUCAGUGAUCAGCCCACGAUCUGGCCGCUGUGUCCUCACACGUAGCGCCGCGUCAACGGUGAGAUGGCUGCCACGGAUGUGGAAUUUUAGGUGGAAGCUCAUGCCUGCUCUUUAACUGACGCUUGUAGCUACCAUUUGCAUGCAGUGAAAAAAACGUCUCAAAUAUAAAUGCGAGAGACUUCUUCCUCUCCUAUGCUGACCCAACCCAAGGUAUCACAUUUUUCUUCCUCUGAGCUUCGUAGCUAGAGAUAAAAAAAGAGAGAGUUUGCAAGUGCGAUGGGUUUGAUCUUUGGAACUAGCAGUGUUGUGGUUUUGAUCCUCCUUUUUUCUGGAUUCUUUGUUAGCUAUGCUCACGACGAGGAAGCGUGUGGAGAGGUCUCGUCGGCUGCGUUUGCUCCAAAAGGAGAUGUCACGCCCGAUGACAAGAAGUUACUGGCAUUCCCUUUGAAUCUCGAGUACCUGGAGACAGAGUUUUUCGCUUAUGGGGCUCUGGGCUAUGGCUUGGACAAGCUUGAUCCCGGCCUUGCGGAGAAUGGCCCGGCUCCAAAGGGUGCGCAGAAGGCCAAGCUCGACAUUCUGGUUCGUGACAUCAUCGCCCAGUUUGCUCUGCAAGAAGUUGGUCACUUGAAAGCAAUCAAGGGGGUUGUAAAGGAAGAAGGCUUCCCAAGGCCUCUGCUGGAUCUGAGCGUGGAGAACUGGAACACCAUCAUGGAGAAGGCAUUGGGAAUAAAGCUGGAUCCUCCUUUCAGUCCUUACGAGAACAGCUUGAACUACAUGCUAGCGAGCUAUGCCAUUCCUUACGUUGGGCUCACUGGCUACGUUGGUGCGAAUCCUCUCACUCAGAGCUCUGAUGGAAAGAGGCUCCUUGCUGGGCUCCUCGGUGUCGAGUCCGGACAAGACGCAGUUAUUCGGACCUACUUGUACGAGAGAAAGGACACGGUGGUGGAGCCUUACAAGCUUACAGUUCACGAGAUCACCAGCAAGCUCAGCUUGCUUCGAAGCAAUCUGGACGACGCCACCGGCAUCGACGACGAAGGCCUGGUGGUUCCAAAGUGUCUGGGGGCCGAGCAGAAGAUCGAAGGCAACAUUCUCGUGGGCGAUAAGUUCUCGCUGUCCUUCGCUCGGACUCCACAACAGGUUCUUGAGAUCGUGUAUGGAACCGGCGAUGCGAGAAAGCCCGGAGGUUUCUAUCCCGAUGGAGCGUCCGGAGCCAUCGCCACCAAGCUCAGGAAAGCUGCCAAUGUCUACUUCUAGAGAUUGAAAGAAAAGUUUGAGUGGAGAGGAGGACUCUGUAUCUUGUCUCUUGCAAUGGACAGUUUCUUUCAGUGCUUUCAAAAGCAA